UCAGUUAGCCACCGUCCGUUGCACAGUUCGCACGUCUCUUCUCCAGAAAGUACUAGCGCCCGCGUUUAUUUCUAGUUGCCUUGUUGACCAGACGAUCCCUAAUAUUGGCUGGAAUUACUGGAGGAGUAAUGCCAGCGAAUGCCAGCACGUCUGGCCAAUUUUGGGCCAUUGGAACGUGAUUUAUGUGGGUCAGCAGCAGCUGCCGCAGUUCCGCGAGCUGUUCCGAUCGAGUGCCCUAGAGCUACUUAGGAAUAGCAAAACCCAACCCCCCACCCUCAACCUUCCCACCAAACCCCCCGGGACCAACCAAUGCCGGCUGAUAAGCGACUUAAACGGAGGAGGAGUGAUAAGUGUCGAGUGUCGCGCGGCGCCAAGUCGUAAAUUAAGUGAUUUCGGGAAGCUAAACAAAACAGAGAAACUCAAACUGCAAACGAAACUGAAACUAAAACUGAAAUUGCCAUUCCGCGCGUAUCGCAAUAAUUAGUAUAUAAUCAUUAAUCAAAGCGAAUAUUUAAAGAUUGCUAAAAACAAAACAAAAUAAAAACAAAAGUGAAUAUGGCAAAACGCCUUGGCAGCCAUGAUGAGGAGGAGGCAGGAGGGGAUCUGGAGUUGCCGUUGUUGUCGCAGCAGGAGCGGAGUCAGCGGAAGAGCGGUACAAUUCCUGUGUGCAUCAUGCACAACACCGGCAAACCGUCCCUUACACCCACCACCACCACCGGCACCGCCUCACCGCCCACACAGCAGCAGCAGCAACAGCAACAGCAGCAGCAGGGUACAAGGCCACAGUCGCCGUCCCCUGGGCGGCAUCAGGAUGAGGACGAGACCGAUGUGAUUGGCGAUUUGAUGGGACACUAUGGCAAGUGGCAGCUGCUGAUGACGGUGCUGCUGUCACUGUUCCAAGUGCCCAACACCUUUCACAUAUCCUCAUCGGUGUAUCAGGCGGCCAACAAGGACUUUUGGUGCCAGCGGCCGCCGCAAUAUCCGCAGAUGCCCGUCGCUGAGUGGCGCAACCUGAGCGGCUCCACCGACAACUGUCAUCGCUUUGAGAGCAUGGGCUGGAGUAGCCUGGGGAAUGCGACAACGCUAGAGGUGCUAGAGGCAGCGGAAGAUGCCGCUGCCGAGGGCAAACUGGUGGCCUGCGAGCGAUGGGAGUACGCGACGCAUGAUAAUGUCGGGAACACCUGGACAUCGCAGUGGGAUCUGGUGUGCGACAAGGAGCACAUGAAGAACGUGGCCGAGAUGUUCUUCCUGCUGGGCGUGGCAACAGGUGGCAUCAUAUCCGGCUAUCUAUCGGACAAGUUUGGCCGCAAGACAAUGCUCUUCAUAUCGGCCAUCCUGCAGACCAUAUUCGGUCUCUGCUUGUACUUUUGCAGCUCCUUUGAACUCUAUCUAACGCUGCGUGCCCUGCUCGGUCUGGUGUCCGUUUCGGUGACCUAUUCGGCCCUCAUUUUGGCCAUCGAGUAUGUGGAUGGCAAGUGGCGGACCAUCGCUGGCAUGUACAAUCUCUUUCCACUGCCAAUCUCCUACAUGAUCAUCUCCGGCCUGGCCUAUCUCACGCAAGACUACCAGGCCCUGCAGCUGUGCAUCGGUUUGCCGGGGAUCUUCCUCUGUUUUCUAUGGUUCGUGGUACCGGAAUCGCCACGCUGGCUGCUGGUCAAGGGUCGCGUCGAUGAGGUACGCCGCAUCAUUGAGGCAGCCGCCAAAUUCAAUGGACGCCAACUGCCAGUGGACUAUCAGCUGACGCCGCCGACGCAGGAGAGCAGCUCCCAGAAUAUAACGCAUCUGUUCCGCUCCAGCUAUCUGCGGCGCAUCACCAUCUGCUUCCUGUGCAUCUGGUUCACCAUGAAUCUGGUCUACUAUGGCAUUAUCCUCAACAUGAGCUCCUUUGGGGGCAAUGUCUACUUGAAUUCGGCACUAGCUGGCCUAGUCGAAAUACCCGCCAUCGCUGUGGCCAUGUACAUCAUCACGAAGGUGGGCAAGAAGUGGCUCUUCUGUGCCACUUUGUUCUGUGCCGGCGUGGCCUGCUUCUGUGCCACCAUCACAGAGGGGCGCGAGGAUAUACUCUGGCUGAAGAUCACAUUCCUGAUGAUGGGCAAGUUCACGAUCAGCGCCGGGAACACCAUCAUGCCGGUCUACACCGCCGAACUGUAUCCCACGGCCAUACGCAACGUCGGAGUGGGCGCCUGCAAUGUGGCCGCUGGAUUGGCCCUGAUCCUGACACCCUAUAUAUCGCUGCUGGCAAGUCAAAGAACCCCAAAAAUAUCCUUGAUGCUAUUUCAUUUCUUGAUUCUCUCAUUCAUGAUUCAGAACAAAAUCGAGGGCCAUUUGCUGAUGGCUCUGCUCACCGCCUGGAGCAUCUUUGGUGGCUUUGUGGUGCUCUUUCUGCCCGCGACGGCUGUGCGACGGAAUGCUGCAAAUUCUGGCACGGGGGGUGGCGUGAAUGCUGCCAGUGCUGCCAAGCAGGUGUAAUAAUCGUUGCUGCCUGCCCAGCCUCUCUGCCCUGUCCUGCCCUGCCUCUGCCUCUGCCCCGCCCUGAAGAACAAUAUAUAUUUUGGCUGGUCCAAAGUAUGAGCUGAUGAUGAGAUGAAGAGCCCAGCCACGCGCCUGGAACCUGUAAACGAGUCGACAUAUCCACCGCCUCAAGCCACCUCCACCAACAGAUCCCACAGAUGAAUAGAUAAACCAAAUCGAGUUGACACGCAAUUAUUAAUGGUAAUCGAGCAAUCGAAUGUCCAGAUCUAUGCCAAUUUAUAGAACGCUAGAACACAUGUCACAUGUCAGGCAGGACCUUGUUUUUGCGUAGCGUAGCACGUAGUGAGUAUCUUAACAAUUAACAUAAACACAACUAAAGCGUAAUGCAACAAUGGCUUAUAGCUUAUGUCAUAGUCUCUAAGUAACGCAACAAAAUGAACACACAGCCCACAAACAGCAGCAGCAGCCGAAGUACCCUGCAAAAUCUGUAAAAGAUUCAGAUCAGAUUCAGAGCUCAAAACGCAGCUUCGGUUUAAAUCGAAGGCAAGGAAUUUGUACACAAUGUUCGGGGAGUGCUUGAGGAGACAAAAAAUGUCUGAUAGAUGUGCAGAACUUUCAUUGCAAAAGAAAUACUCGGUGGGAUAUAGCCCAGGCCUCUGCUCUGCCCUGGAACUCUGUGUAAUUGUUCAAUCUUUUUGAGUAAAUCACAAUAGAAUAUCUUGUUGAAUUAAUGCAUGUACGUGUGCAAGUAUUGCUAAUUAAUUAAUUAAUUAAUUACAAACACACAGAAAUUAUAUGUCUUGUCAAUAUGUCUCAACGUACACAUAAUCUUGUCGUUGUCGUUGUUGUCGUUGUCGUCGUCGUCGUCGUCUUCUUGUUGUCUAUUAAUAAAAUGUUUUCCAAACGCGAGAUCAAUUAGUAAAGUGAAGAGAAGUGGAAAAGAAGAGAAGAGGCUAAAUAAAUCUUCGUGAAUCAAAAAGAACAGAAUUGUAAUCUCUAGUAAUUGUAGUCAAUUAAUGCUUAGUCCUAUCCGUACUAUACCAUACUUUAUAUGUACCACUAUAAAGCAGAUCAGUCGUCACUAGGUAUCGGUCAAUUAUAUGGAUUUGUAUAUAGUACAGGUACAUCUACAGGUACAUCUACAGGUGUGUAUGUGUCCUGGAAAAAAUGUGCCCCCAGGACGAGAAGUUUUAUUGUUUAAAGUCCGCAAAACAAAAAAAUGAAAACAGAACAACAAAAUUUCCAAUAUUAAAUGCAUUUAACAAUUAAUAUAUAUGUACAUACAUACAUACAUAUAUGUGUAUAUACAUAUAGUAAAAUGAAUCUGUUGAAUCGCUUGUUGUACUUAUCUUGUAUCUUAAAUGAAUUGUUAUACUCAUUUCUACACUUUACUCGUACUAUAUUUUGUAUUGUAUUAUUUUACAUAGUUUAUGCUUAAUGUUUUUGUUGUCUACUGUACUUACGAUUUAAGAUCCAAAAUCCAGCUGAGAAGUAAAUGGAAUACCCGAGAAUCAAUUAAUUGUUAAUUUUUAGGGUGCCAGAAGAGUUUGAAUAAAAAUAUACAUACAUCCAUACAUCCAUAUAUGAAAA